CACGGACUUACUGAGGAUAAUCCUAUUAUAAGCUCAAAGGGUCUUCUGACAGACGAUCUUCAUCUUGCACUUGACUUUGCAGUAAUUUCCACGAUUAAUCCGCCUCCCACAGGCCUCUCCAACACAAAAUGAAUUUCUUGCCGCGGUCACUGAUCACCCCGCCCGCGACGGCGACAACCACACCCUCACCCGCCGCCGAGAUUCUCGCGCAGUUCCGACAAGAACACCCGGACAUCAAAUUCCUGCGCUGGCAAUGGCAGGACUACUCAGGCGUCCAGCGGGCCCGCGUGGUCCUGCUGGACACCGCCAUCGCCCAACUGGCCGAAGGCAAGCCCAUGAAAGCGACCGGGCUGGCGCUGACCUGCUCCGUCGACAACCACCUCAUCCCCGGCACCCCGACGGAUGCGCAAUUCUGGCUCGUGCCGGACUGGACGACGCUGCAUCCGACCAUCAGCCCCGGCAGCGCGCAGGUCCUCUGCUCGCUGGAUUACACCCUGCCCGGGCAACCGAUGACGCAGGCGCUCUGUCCGCGUCACACACUCUCUCGGGUGCUCGAGCUGGCGCAGACGCGGUGGGACCUCUCCUUCCUCGUCGGAUUUGAAGUCGAGUUCGUGAUCAUGAAGCCGCACCCCGAGACGGGCAAGCUGGAGCGCUACAGCCAGGGAUGGGGCCUCUUCUCCGUUGCCGGGUUGCGCGACCCGUGCUACACGCACAUCGAGCAGUGCGUGCUGCGGCUGCAGGCGCGCGGGGUCGACAUCCAGGCGAUCCACACCGAGGGCGUGCGGGGCCAGUACGAGUUCGCGCUGGGGCCCAAACCGCCCAUGCAAGCGGUCGACCAGCUGCUGCUGGUGCACAGCUACCUGAAGGACACCUUCGCGCCGCUGGGGUGCCUCGUCACCAUGGUCCCCAAGCCCGUGGCCGGCGACCCGCUGGCCAACGGCCAACACACCCAUCUCUCGCUGCAGCCGACCCCCGCGCCGGACCGCGAGGCCGCCUUUCUCGCCGGCAUGCUGAAGCGGCUCCCCGCGCUGUGCGCCUUCUGUCUGCCUCAGGAUGUCUCGUACGAGCGGCUGAAGCCCUUCGUCGGCGGCGCCGAUGCCGUGGGCUGGGGCACUGAGUGUCGGCUCACCCCGGUCCGCAAGCUCGAGCCCGGCCGCUGGGAGAUUCGGUGUGUAGAUGCCAUGGCUAAUAUGUAUCUCACGCUGGCGGCGGUGAUCGGGGCCGGGUUGCUGGGGUUGGAGGGCCGGGAACCGUUGGUCUGGCCGGAUCUGGGGGAUCCGGUGAAUGCAAACGUGGACCCUGGGGAGCCGCUGCCCAAGAGGAUGGAGGAGGCGUUGGAUGUGCUGCACGCGGAUGCGGGGGGACUGGCGAACGCGAUCGGGAGGAGGAUUAUUGAUCUGUAUGUGGCGACGAAACGAUUCGAGGUGGCUUCGCUGGCGAAGCUGGAUCCGGAGGAGGUGAGGGGCUUGUUUGUGGAGUUGUACUAGAUGACGCGGGCCGUCUUUUUCUUCUGGUAGAGAAUAUACUUGUAUAGUAAUGGUUAACUGUGUUUCGUUGUGGUGAUUGUGCUGUUGUGGAAGUGGACUUGGACCAUCAGACGACAGCAGCGUAGAGCCGGCCUUGUGGUUGCCGCAGAACAUAUAGCAC